AUGCUUCGUUUAUUGACAAGAAAGGCAGUAUGCUUGGAAAUCAAACGCGUAGUUUGGUGCACACGAAAAAGCUUUUGUGCUCCAUUGUCAAUCCCUUGCCUUAGACCUCAUUAUAUCAUAUUCUCUCGAGAGAACAGUGACUAUUCUUCAAAAUCAAAUACCACGAAUUUUCAAAUUAUUGAGGAAGAGUCUGAAGAGUUAUUCUUACCUGAAAACCUGAAACUAGAAGUAAACGGGUGUGCCCAAACUAAAGAACUGCAAUCUACAUAUAGUCAAUCAAGCCAGAAUGAAAGCACAAAUUUAGUUGGUAGUUCUUCCACGAUUAAGGAAUGCAAACUAGGAUCUCAUGUUGAAAUUCAGGCUGUUGGCUCAUCAGACCUGGAUCUCGAAACGAUAAAUACUGGAAAUAAUCAAGGAAAAGGUCACCACAAAAAAAAAAGAGGUCGAAAGCCAAAAUUCCAAACGGUAGAACAGUCUGGUUCAUCAACAAACAUUGAUAAUGGCACAAUUGUUGAAACAUCAGCUCAACCGAAGAAGAGAGGUCCAAAACCAAAGUCUCAAAAAGUAGAACAUUCUGCAUCACUAGGAAGCAUUGAUGAUGGCACAAUCGUUGAAACAUCAGCUCAACCGAAGAAGAGAGGUCCAAAACUAAAGUUCCAAAAAGCAGUACAAACUGGAUCAUCAAACAUAGGAGAUAGGAGUAUAGACAUUGAAAUUUUGGGACAAAAGAUAGAUAAAAAAGUGCGAGAAAAAGGAAUCGACAGCGGUAUAGCCCCGGUAGAAGAGAGAGCCUGGAAUACCCUAAGAAAAUCUGACACAGAAAGUGAUUAUGGAAUACCUUGUGUUGAAGAAGCUCCUAUUAAAACUAAAAGCGAUCUAAUAAAAUAUCUUUCCACUAUUUCCAAUCCAAAAAGAGGCGCAAAAAAAUUACUUCUGGAGAAUCGCAAAUAUGACGUUACGAAUCGAGUCAACAUAAUUGAUAGCAAACUUUGUGAUGAAGCCUUACAGCGACUCGCACCUUCUCUUGAAAAACAUAAAGGCUGUGACAUUAUUGACCUCAAUCCUGGUGUUGGUGUAUGGUCUUCUAAACUGCAUGGUUUAUUGCAGCCUCGGAGUCAUAUUUUAAUGGAGCCUCAUCCUAACUCAUAUAUUCCAGCUUUAAAACCGCUUCUCGAUGCACCCUCUUCAAAAUACCAGAUUGUACCUGAAAAUGGGAUGAGUUGGGCCCACUUAGAGAAGAUAUUAUCACCGAAAUAUCUUCCUUUUCAGCCAAUUCUAAAACAUGGAGACCCUGAGCUUGAGAGACCCAAUAAUACAUUACUAGUAACAGCAAAUAUCAGCGACUAUCAUUCAAGGCGAUUUCUCGGGUUCGGCUCUGUAGGAAGUGUUGUUAUAUACCAAUUUCUAUCAGCUAUUCGCUCUCACGCUCUUUUCCAACACUACGGAAAGGUGAGGAUGCUGCUCUGGAUGAAUUCAGAUGAUACUAGAGUAAUACCCAGGAAUCUUGCGGGUCAAAAGAAAACGGCUAUGGAAGCUUUAGUCACUUGUGAUCAUAUUGAAACCGUUGUUGACUCCGAUGAGAAUAAAAGACAUUGUAGCAGAGAAAAAAGGCUUGAUAUAGAGAGAGUGCGCUCCGUCGUAGAGAAUAUGAAACGCAAAGGGGUUGAAAUUCCAAAAGGUCGUGAGACUCAUAUCCUGAAAGAUCUAAGGUCUGGGGCAACUGGAUCUGAAAUUGAAGAGUUGAGUCCCAAGAGCUUACAAAAAAGCCUUCAACAGAUGAAUGAGAGUUUUGCUAGGGGUGAUUUCGAAAAGAACUGUUUGCCAGAGGAGGACUCAUAUAAUGAACUCCUUGAUUCGAAGAGACGAAAAUUACCUAAAAAAACCCCGGAGUAUGAGCGGAUGCGUGAACUUGCAAGGAGAAACAAACGUCGGGUGUCUAAAACACAACGACUCUCCGACCUCGCUGAUGACUACGGCGAUAUAUUGGCACUUUAUAGACAGAGCUAUUUAACCAAAUGUCCUACUGAAUCACAAGCUCUUCAAAUCCAGGCUAGGUCCCAGACCAAUAUAUGGAGAGAAAAUCUGUCCACACUUCCCCCAGCUGAUUCUGCCGAAAUCCAAUAUAUUUGUGAUAGCCGGCGCUCAUACUCCCAGGAUCCACCCGGUAUGUUCUGGGAUCGUCGUGAAUUUGAACCAUUAAGAGCAAGUCCUGAUGACUUUUACCCUAACAAGACUCUAAGCUUGCUCGAUUUUAGGCCAGUGUUGACUCCUUUUUUUUCGGAAAAUCCGGCAUACCAAGAUAUUAUUAGCUACCUCAUCAUGCAGCUGUGCCUUGUUCCUUCACAAAAUCUCAAACAAGCGCUAGAUUCCCUUGCACCAGGAGCUUUAGAAUGGCUAAUUGCUGAAUGUCCCUCACUGACAGAUCCGUUGAAAAAUGGUUGUCCAGAUCUAGAGCUAUUCAGCGCAAGAUGCAUAACGGUAGAAAUGCUAACAGAAAUGACUAAAGCGUGGCUUAGAUGGCCAUUCAGACCUCAUAGGGAUGAGAUACUGCACAGACUAGGUUCAGAAGCCUUCUCGGACCAAACCGAACCGGAGUAG